GAUAGAACGUGCCGCUGCAGGCACCGGCUUUUCCCGGGGAGUCCCUGACUCAAACCCGCUAGGCGGGCUCGGGUCCCGCACAGGGGAAAAGGCAGCAGGGGCUGCCAGGAGUCUGGGUCGCUGCAGAGGAAUGGUGCCCUGAGCUGGUGCCUUGCUGUGAGGAGAUGCCCGCAGGAUGCCUUUCACAAUGCCCGUGGGCAUGAGAAGACUCCCGCAGCAGCAGAGUGUCUGGUGGGCAUUUAGCAGCCGUGAUGUGGGAGUGUCAGGUGGUGAGGAGACCAUGCCGCCGGCCUGCCGAGGCUUGAGAUUGACUAGGUCUGGUGAAGGUGGCCCGGGAAGGAAGGACAUACGUGGCAGCUUGGAAACCAUAAGUGACCUCUGAUGAGAUGAGGCUCCUCACUAGCCCGUUGCGCCGGAUGCUGUUGAGCCUCCAGAAUCUCUGUGAAGGAGAGGGAGGGAGUCCUGCCAAAUGCUGUGUCCUAAACCCCCACCGCCUGCUUCGGAGGGAGAAUUUCAGUGCUAAAGUGACAGCCAUUGAGCUGGUCAGCUACUGGCGAGGUGUGUUUGAGGCGAAUGGGAUCCCUGAAGCACAGGAAUCCAGCGAGUAUAUCGUUUCCUACGUCCUGGGAGCAAAGACAUUUCACAGCUUGGGUGCUGGCAGCCUCUCCACCCCGCUCACAUUGGAGCAGCGGCAGCAGAUCCAGCAGCUGAGUAUGAAGCGGCUACAAAGGAUGCCUGUGCAGUACGUCCUUGGUGAGUGGGAUUUCCGGGAACUGACCCUCAAGAUGAGACCCCCAGUCUUCAUUCCUCGGCCCGAGACAGAGGAUCUUGUCUCCUUGGUGUUGGAAGAAGCAUUACAGAGGAGUGGGAGCCCUGCAGUUAUUGCGGGUCACCAGUGCCCCACCAUUGUCCCUCACCCUGUGAUCCUGGAGAUCGGCUGUGGCUCAGGGGCUAUUGCACUGAGUUUACUGAGCAAACUGCCCAAGAGCUGGGUAAUAGCUGUGGAUAAAGAGGAAGCUGCUGUGAAUCUCACCAGAGAGAAUGCUCAGAGGUUGCAGCUACAGGACAGGAUAAGAAUUCUUCGCUACAAUGUCUUCUCCGGUUCCUGGGAGCAGCUCCUCCCCUGGGGUCCUGUGGACACUAUAGUCAGUAACCCACCUUAUGUCUUCCAUGGAGACAUGACUCACCUGGCUGAAGAGAUCCUCAGCUACGAGGACCUUGGUGCCCUGGAUGGGGGAAAUGAUGGGAUGAGAGUGAUCAAAAAAAUUCUGGCUCUGGCUCCUUGUAUCCUGAAGGAUCAUGGGAGUGUGUUUCUAGAAGUUGAUCCCAGACACCCAGAGAUGGUGGAAAACUGGCUGCAGAAUCACCCUGACCUGUCCCUCUCCGUCUCUGCCACCCACAAGGACUUCUUUGGAAAGCCAAGGUUCCUACACAUCCAAAAGCAUAAAGCAGGUGACCGCAUCAACAAGAACAGCUUUGCUUGUCCGAGCGAUCAUCUCCCUGGAGUUUCUUGCUGAGUCGUCUGUUGGAUCCCUGCACAGCAACAGGAACCUGGCCCUCCACUGCAUUUCCCAGCAUUCUGAUCUCUUCAGAUGGUCACUGGUGCAUCCAUUGCUGACAGAGAAUUUCACUUGGAGGAUCACUAGAAAGGAGGUGGGGCAGGGGUCCGAGUCUGCAGAGGUGUUUCAGCACCCACAGACGGUCGGACACAGAUUAUUAGCUCAGUCAGCUAAAGCAAGAAAUAGGUAUGAGAACCUAGCAUAGAGGGAAUCUCAAUUCCAAGCAUCUCAUUUUUUUGAAGCUGCAAAUACAUAUGAUAAAAAUACAACUUCUCCAUGCAUCAAAUGGCACUUUUAGUUCAUAAUGAACAGCAUAGGUCUUGCCCUGGAAAAAGAACUUAAGAUUGUUGGUAGGUCUGUUUCUUUUUAAUUAUUAUUUUUUAAACCUCCACUUUCAAAGCCUAUGAAUUCUUUUAGCGGGUAUGCUCGGAGAUUCCAGAACUAAUGCUUCAGAUUCAAUUCUGUCCCCGCAGCCCCCAGUGUUCCUGAGUGAUCCUACCAUGACAAAGCACCGAGUGCAGCCUGUCGCUUCUGAGCAGCUCUCCAACAACAAGCCAGCAUGCACAGUCUUGCUCUCCUGAGCAACCUUUCAGUAACAAACCAGCACAUUUGCAGCCAUUAUUCCCAAACGGGCAGUAUUCUACAGCUCAGACAAUGGGAUCCAUAAUGGAAUGCUUUGUGAGGAAGAUGUGGGAUGGGUUUAAACCAGAAUUUAGUGGUAAUCGACUCCUUUCUUUGGCAAAUCUAGUUUUAGACAGAAAGGGGAAAGCCUUGUAUCUGAAGACUUGAGGACUGUGUUUAGAAAGUGUAGCUCUUUCUGGCAUCCUUGGCUUAUUUCCAGAGUCCUGUUACUUUAGGUCCUGUUAUUUUAGCUCCAGAGCAGUGGUCUCCAAUCUUUU